ACUUCGAAUAGUAACCGGCAUGGCGUACACAAGUGCCGGUGGUAAGAAAAGAGUUUGCUAUUAUUACGAUGGUGACAUCGGGAACUACUAUUAUGGACAGGGACAUCCUAUGAAACCUCACCGUAUUCGCAUGACCCAUAACUUAUUACUCAACUAUGGUCUUUACAGGAAAAUGGAAAUUUAUCGACCUCACAAGGCUGUCCUGGAAGAAAUGACCAAAUAUCAUUCUGAUGAUUAUAUAAAAUUCCUCAAGACGAUCAGACCUGACAACAUGUCCGAGUACACGAAGCAAAUGCAGCGAUUUAAUGUUGGUGAAGAUUGCCCGGUGUUUGAUGGGUUGUAUGAAUUCUGUCAGCUUUCUACAGGUGGAUCUUUAGCUGGUGCUGUCAAGUUAAACAAGACACAAACGGACAUAGCAGUCAACUGGGCUGGUGGAUUGCAUCAUGCUAAAAAAUCAGAAGCAUCAGGGUUCUGCUAUGUGAAUGAUAUUGUGUUAGCUAUUUUGGAACUGCUUAAGUAUAACCAGCGUGUUUUAUACAUCGACAUUGAUAUUCACCAUGGCGAUGGCGUGGAGGAAGCAUUCUACACUACUGACAGAGUCAUGACAGUUUCAUUUCACAAAUAUGGUGAAUAUUUCCCAGGGACAGGAGAUUUAAGGGAUAUAGGUGCUGGGAGAGGAAAGUACUAUGCAGUUAAUUUCCCACUAAGGGAUGGUAUUGAGGAUGACUCCUAUCAACAGAUUUUCCAACCAAUCAUCUCUAAGGUAAUGGAAAUCUACCAGCCCAAUGCAGUGGUCUUGCAGUGCGGAGCUGAUUCAUUGGCUGGUGACAGACUCGGCUGUUUUAACUUGUCYCUCAAGGGUCAUGCACARUGUGUGGAGUUUGUCAAGAAGUUUGGUCUGCCAUUGUUAGUGCUUGGRGGUGGUGGCUAUACAAUMAGGAAUGUMGCAAGGUGCUGGACCUACGAGACAUCUGUUGCCCUUGAUGCUGAUAUUGCCAAUGAGCUACCCUAUAAUGAUUACUUUGAGUAUUUUGGACCUGAUUUCAAGCUGCACAUCAGUCCAUCCAACAUGACUAACCAGAACACCCCUGACUACUUGGAUAAGAUCAAGCAACGACUGUUUGAAAAUCUGCGAAUGUUGCCACAUGCGCCUGGAGUGCAAAUGCAACCUAUCCCAGAAGAUGCAUUACCAGAUGAAAGUGACAAUGAAGAUGAAGAUGAUCCUGAACAAAGAAUAAGUAUACGUGCAUCUGAYAARCGAAUUGCUUGYGAGGAAGAAUUUUCUGAUUCUGAAGACGAAGGUGAUGGACGACGAGACAACCAGUCAGCKCGUGAAGGUAGAUCACGGAAACGAAAUCGUGCACACCCAGUAGAGAACAUGGUUACUAAUGGAAGUGCAGAGAAUGCCAAUGGAAGUGAUGAUGUCAGAUCUAAUAAUAGCACAUCUAAUAACCAAGCAGCUGAGUUAAAACCUGACUCUAAACCCAAACCAUCUAGUGGAUCUAAUACACCUAAGGAAGGAUCACCCAAGACAGUAGGAAGUACUACUGCUGCUGAGAGUACUGCUGAUAACUCUACUGUACCUCAAGAUGCAAACCGCAAAAGUCCUGUUGAGCCAGAAGCACAGAGUUCUGYGCCAGCCAAGGAUGAACAAGAAGCCAKUGAACCAAUGGAGGUCGCUGAAUCUGAGCCAUCCAAGGAAACAAGUAGUGAGACUGAUCCCUCACAACCAGAGAAAACUACAGAAACCACUCAAGGUGAAACUGAGCCUGCACCUAGUGAAUCUCCAGCAGAAACUCCUUCAAAACCAUCUGAUCAAGAAGAAAGUAUGGAACAAUGAUAAUCCUUACACCACCCCCUUAAUAUCCAUAAUAUCAGCCUGUGGAAUAUUAUGUUAUUUUAUAUGAUCAGCUAGUUUAGAGGAACAUCUCAGGCUUGUAUAGACUAGACUUCUUUGGAUAUUAACCUUUUUUGUACAGUCAUCUUACAUUUAUACAAUUUUCUAUUCUUUCAUUAUCAAGAAUCAUUAAUUUACCAGCCCUUACAAUUAUUGUCUCUAUGUAUUGUGGUAUUGAAUACAGAGGUUAUCAUCUCACAAAGAUUGCCAAUAGAGGUUCAUAUAAAUACAUUCACKGGAAAAACAGAGUGAAACAAACUUGUGUCAUUUUGCCAGAAAUCUUGGGUGUUCAAUUGAAAGCUUUAACUUCAAACUGUUGAAACCCUUUCAAAGCAAAAUGUCACAUAAAAGAAAAUACUGUUAUCUCUACUCUAUUGCAUGCUUCAGCAAUGAUAAUGCAUGUUGCAUUGUAUGCAGUGCUUUAGUAUUGCAAUCUCUUAGACCUUUUUGAGGUUGCCUUGGGCAAUGCAUGCUAAACAAUUUUCAAGUAUUCUUGAAUAUGAAUUAGAGUUUAUAAGAACAAGCUGAGCAUAGUCAUCCCAGCAAUGCUUUGCUGAAUAUUAUAUCCACAGAAAUCUUUCCUGGAUGACCUUUAUAUAAACUUAUUUAAUUGCUCAUGUCACUAGAACCUGGUUCUCUCUAGAAACACAAGUUUAUUUUCACAGAAGAGGUGGAGUACGGUUUCCUUUGAAACAUCCUUGACAAAUUUUUUUGUUGAUUUUAAGAUCUUGAUCAAUUGCUGAAAACGGUCUGGAGUCUUUUGUGAUUUGUUCCAUCUCAGAAAGUAAUAGAAAAGGUUAGCCUGCAUAGCCAGGCGUUCUUACCCAAAGAAACCCAGGCCCAAACUCCCUCAGAUCAGCUAGGAACGCCUGGCUUCRCAGUCAAGACACUUUUAAUUUAUUUUUGCAUAAAACUUGUGUGAAUAGUGAAGGUUAUUAGGUUGAAAUGCGAUUAUAAGUAUUAUAGUAAUGCUCAAAUUAUUGAUGUUAUUUUAUGAGGACAAUAUUAUUCUAGUGUAUUCUGCCCCUGUGUACUUUGUCAUGCAGCAGGCUGUUUUAGUAAAGCAACUAUAGAAAUCA